AUGUCUGGACCCGCACUCCCGCCACUCCUCGCCAUCGCACUUCCUUCGUGCCGCACCCACCCGCACAUGCGCCCAUCCCCGCGAACGCCACCCCGAAUGCCCGCUGCGCAGAUAUACUCUUAUCGCACGGCCGCCGCUACGCACGGGAUCGCUCGCAAGUACUCGAGACUGCACGCCCGGCUUCCAGCGAGGCCAGCGCCACCCCGCGCUGUCUCUACAAACCACCAGUACAUCCCUGGCCGCCCGCCUAACCCCAAGGCGCCCCGCCAUCCGUCCGCCACCCUUCACCCAUCUCUCCCAGCGCACCCGCCGAAUACACCCAACCACCCUCCUCUCCGUUCCCCCCCGCGCGCACACACUACCCGCCCCGCAAAAUCGCCGCAUGCCCUCCCCGCCCAGCCACAGCGCGCGAGUCCAUAUCCCCGCAUCCCGGGCGCGCACUCCCGCAUGACCACGAUUUCCAGUUCGAAACACGGACACACGCACGCACCAUAUCCACGGCUCGCGCUGCAGACCCCAUGGCGGACGCGCACGCAGCCCGGACCACCCGCGGAUGUCGAUGUCCUCGCCCAAGCCCGACUUCCGGACGAGCGCCGACGCUGCCCUCGCCUCCGUGUCAAACGUGGCUCGCUCCCGUCGUUCUCGUUCACCGACACAGCUCCCAACUCCGUAAGGACAUGUCCAGCCGGCGACACGAGGGACUCCGCCCUGAUAGUCGUCCCGACCCGGGGCGGGGCGCGGUGGACGAGACGGCGAGCCCGGCGCGGCGCGGCGCGCCUGUAUGUGCCGGCGGUAGAUCCCGGAUUUGCGGACAAGGACGGUGACACGGGCUAUGGAUGGAUGGAGGCAUAG